ACGAGGCAGGCGGUGAAUUUGUUUAUAUGGUACCUGUCAAUAUCUGUUUCACUGAGCAGAUGAUGAGAUAUCCGUAGAUACUGAUACAGAUGUGCGUAACAAUAUUCACUGGCACUGGAAAAAUAUGAUUUAACAUCUGCGAACGUAACUCUGUCGUAAGAUUCCCCUGCCAUGAGGCUGACAUGCUGCAAUGUAAGUGAAAUACUGAGCAAGGCUUACAUGGUGCUACACAUGUGAAGAAUACAAGAUGGCUGACCAGGACCCAGCAUCAUGGAGAGAGUUGGCAGAGCAGAAAGAGAGGGAAUGGAAGGAAGCAUCUCAGAAGAGGGUGGAGUCACUUGAGAAGGCUUGUAGAGAGAAGGAGCAGUCUCUGGCUGCCGAGAGGACAAAACUAACAAAGCUGAAGGAGGACUUCAAGUACAACCUGAAGCUGCUGGAGGAGAGGGACCAGGAGCUGCAGGCCUAUGAUGCCAACUUCACAGAACUCAGAGCCCACUUAAGUACAAAGACUGCAGAAGUGAGUGAGUUGAAGAUUCGCCUUGAUGACAUGAAGAAGGCGACCCAGCGAGAGACGCAGGCCAUGGUGGAGCUCCAGGCCCAUUACCAGCACCGACUCCGGGAGAGACACACCGAGGUGGACUCCUUCAAGACAUCCAAGACUCAAGAGUUGGACAAGGAGAGGGCAGAGUUUGAGACAUUCCGGAGGAAGCUGCAGCUGAGACUGAAGGAAGUGGAGGAAGAACUGGACACCCAGAAGAGAGAGCUGUCCACAGGGUUUGAAGAGGCUCUCAAAAGGCGAGAACAUGAAUUCCGUGUGAAAGCAGAUGAAAUGGGGGCCAAAGUUUUGGAGUAUGAGCUAAAGGCAAAGCUGUUAGACAAGGAGCUUGAGAUGGUGAAGUCCUCCCAGAACAAGCAGCGUGAGCUUUGCAAGGAGUCCGAGUCUCACACAAGGCAGCUGGAGAAGGCUGUGAAAGAGAGAGACUGGGCCAUCAAGGAUGUCACUGUCAUGAAGGAUGCAAGAAUAUCUGAGCUGGAGACCAAGCUCCGUGAGACUGAGACAGGCAUCGCUAGGUUGCAGGAGGACUUUCAACGCAAAUUUUCUGAGAUGGACUUGAUGAUGCGUGAGAAGGAAGGUGCCCUUGGCAAGGUAAAGGACGCAUGUGUUGAGCGGGAAGAGAAGUUACAGACCACAGCUCGUGAGCUGCAGUCUCAGCUGGAGGACCAGCAGAUAGAGAUCCGUCGGCUGGAGUGGCAGAACCAAGACCUCAGCAAAGACAGAGACGUCCAGAUCACCAAACUCCGUGAAGAACUGGAGAGUCAGCAAGAAAAGUGGGAGCGACACCUGGGUGAGGUGUCACACAGUCAGGUGUCACGGGACGUGGAGCUGGAAGCCCUGAGGGAGAGAGAGAGCAAGUUUCAGGUGGAGCUGCAGCAGAAGAAACAGGACAUUGACAGGUACAAGAGAGACCUGAGUCAGGCAGCUGAGAGAGAGGCGAGUCUGGAGAGAAGCAAGGCACAGUUGGAACUAGACUGGCAGAGGAGGCUGGAGGAUGCAGAGAGACACCAGUAUGAUCGCUCCGAGGACCUAAUUAAGAAACUCACCUCUGCCCGAGAUCAGGCUGUGGCUGAGGUGAGGGAGAAGUUGCGGGAGAUGGAGCAGAAAGACAUGCUGAUAAACACUCUACAACGGGACCGAAAUAUCGCCAUGGCAACCCUUAAACAUCAUGGGAUUCCUAUCAACAAGAACAUAAAUGUUGACAGCUCGGUGUUUGAGGAAGAGAGUCGGCAUGACCUGCUGCAGCUGCAGGAGCAGAACGACAACCUCCGGGAGGUGAUACGGCAGAUGAGGGAACAGAUGGAGGACCUAGGCCACAACCUCCCCACACAGCCAGGCAGCCCCACUGCACCUUCAAGAGACUAUGUGGCCAGCCUGGAGCAGGAGGUCACACAGCUCAAGCAGAAGCUGAGGAAGCUGAAGGAGGAACUGGAGGCUCACAAGAUGCCUGGGGUCGCAUCACAUGCAGAGAAUGAUGACAUCAUGGUUGAGGUCAAGGACAAUACGGUGGUCAGGAACCACAUUCAGAUGCUCAACAAUAUGCUGGGCAGUGUGAGGAGUGAGAAGGUGGAGCUGACCGCCCAGGUCCGCAAGCAGCAGGCACGGAUACAGUAUCUGGAGGGUCGAGGAUCUCAGCUGGAGAAGCAGCCCCGCCAGAAGCAGGUGGAGAUUGAUCAGCUGCAGUAUGAGGUCAACGCUGGGAAGAGGCGGCACGAGGCCGAGGUGGCAGGGUUGAGGUCACGUGUGUCCGACUUGGAGCAGCAGCUGGUGGAGACGAGGAAGGAAGCAGACGAAUACUACCGCAGCUGCCUCGAGAGAAACACAGAGGUCACUGCCCUCUCCAAUGAGUUAUCAGCCAUGAAGAUGGAAAUCAGUGAGAGAAGACCAGCAGUCAACUUCGGGGCACAGGAGCUUGUGAUCCAGCAGCUUCAGGAUGAGAUACUGAGACUGAAACAGAAGGGGAGUGGCAUCACAUCCACCAUGGACAGUAUAGGCAUGGAGGACAGGCAAGGGGAGACAACUCAAGUGUCAGAGCUUCGAGCCAAGCUGAAGCAGGCAGUGAAACACAUCAGUCAGCUAGCCAAGGAAAAACAACAGCUGAUUGAAAUAGGGAACAGGCUGAGAGCAGAGCUUAAGAAAUCUGUAGCAGGUAACACCCAGACUCCUCUGCCCAUGACAGCAGUACGACAAGAGACAGUGUCUCCAGGUCGAUCCGGGCCUCCCAUGGAGUCCAGACCCAACACAGACCAGUAUCACAGUAAAUUGCAACAGCUGGAAGCCCUGCAAUAUCAGCUGACAAAACAGGAACUGCAGUAUGCCCAGAGGCAUGUUGUGCCAGUAAUGGAGUACACAGACAGAUCUUUAGAUGACAUCCCGACACGGCACUCAACUAAUCCCCACACAGGACAUCUGGAGCAGACAUCCAGUUCCCUGGGGGACACACAACAAACCGGACCACAAGGAGUGACCAGUGACCAUAAGCUCCUGCUGAGCAUGUCGUCUGCAGGAGGGGAGUCACUGCAGGAGAUCUGGAGGAUGCUGGACGAAAGGCAGAGUCCAGGCAUCUUCACACCUAAAACACCUCGCUCCAGAGCUGAUAUUAUGAAUCCACCAUCUCCUAACAUCCGUGUGUCGCCGCGUGUAACCCAAGACAAGGGACUGAGCGAUAUCUGGAACUAAGACAGACCUUACUAACCGACCAUCACCCGAGAGGAAGACAGUCUCUCAUAAGGUGAAGGAUCAACGGAGAAGUGCUUCUAAAUCAAGGAACUAUAACAUUCGAGAUGACACUGCUGUCAGAUGACACUAAACUGGACAGUUGACGUCAUUGUUUCCAGGCAGUCUGGUCGCCUUCCAGAUUACAUCUAGAGUCAAUCACUUCAUCUUAUACCUGUCCAUUAGCUGGUCAAAUUCCGGACAUAUGAACUGAUCCAGUUGAUAUGAGUGUUCACAUACAAUCAUCUGG